UGAAGGCCGGAAGACCAGAAGCUGCAGGGGAGAUCAAUGGCGGGCACGGGGGUUAGCGGUUCUUCUUCUUCAUACAACGCCGCUGCAGCGCCAAAAAUCCUAUUAGCUAAGCCGACACUUGCUAAUGCCGGUAAAUUCAUGCGAGGCGGCGGCUCCGAAGAGGAGUCGUCAUCAUCGUCAUCAGCUUCCCUUCGUUCUCGCCUUCAUUCCGUCGGUUCUCUUAACCUUCUUUCUGAUUCUUGGGACUUUCAGAUCGACCGAUUCCUUCCGUUUCUGACGGACAAUACGGAUUUUACUGUGGUUGGUGUUAUCGGGGCAGCUGGUGUAGGAAAAUCGACGAUAAUGAACGAGCUUUAUGGUUUUGAUGGCACUUCUCCUGGAAUGUUGCCUCCUUUCCAAUUGCAGACUGAUGAAAUAAGAGCUAUAGCUAAGCAUUGCAGCACUGGCAUCGAACCAAGAGUUUCUGCCGAACGUAUUAUCCUUCUUGAUACACAGCCCGUCUUCAGUCCUUCCUUGUUAUCUGAGAUAAUUAGACCUGAUGGGUCAUCAACUAUCUCAGUUUUGAGUGGCGAGGUUCUGUCUGCUGAAUUGGCCCAUGAGUUGAUGAAUAUACAGCUGGGUGUUCUCUUGGCAUCUAUUUGUCACAUAGUAUUGGUGGUCUCAGAUAGUGUUCAUGAUUUGAACAUGUGGCAUCUAAUGUUGACGGUGGACCUGUUGAAACAUGGGAUACCUGACCCAUCUUCUCCAACUCUUACUCAUUCAAAUUUGGGUGCUGAAAAGGAGAACAAAGAUAAGCUUCAUGAUGCUGGUGAAGAGUAUAUUGCAUCACCUAUAUUCGUGCAUACAAGAUUACAUGGUGAAGAUCUCACUCUGCACAACAUCAGGAAGAUGAAGAAAGCACUUGCAAAGUGCUUCAGCUCUUCAUCUUUCAACAUCGAUAAAAAUCAAAUGACAUCCAGAAGUUCUCAGUCUCCUUCUACCUGUCCCAAUGCUCAAAGCAAGAAUGAAGAUAUACCAAAACUAUUUCUAAUACCGCUAAAGAAUAAGGAUGAUUCGACAAUAGCUUUGCAUGAUAGCUUUGUAUUGAUAUUGCAAAAACUAAGAGAUCAGGUCUUAUCAUCCAUGGAUAGCUCAUUAUUUGGUAGGACAGUCUCUGAACGUGAUUGGUUGAGGAACUCAGCAAAGAUUUGGGAACUAGUUAAGAACUCUCCUAUUAUCGCAGAGUAUGCUAGAGGACUUCAAAACUCGGGCAUGUUCAAGAGAUAGCUUUGCUGUUAAAGGUAGUUUUCUGAUGUUGGGAAGGAAAGGAUUAAAAGUUAAAUCUUACAUUUUGAGUUUUGGUUCAAGUUGUGAUUACCUGAAUUGAUUUUUAGAUUGUGUAAAAAAAUCCAUCUCUUUUAUUUAUGAUUUUAAAUCUACUUUUUUCUUUUAUAGAA